AGCCAAGCCGAGGCGCACUACAAAGGCACUAAACAUGCCAAGAAGCUCAAAGCACAGGAGAACACCAAGAAUAAGCCGCCCAAGAGUUCCCUUCCACCUCCUCCUCUUCCUCCUUCCCUGGACAGUGCAAAGACAAUCACCACCACCACCUCCACCAGCUUGACCAGCACUGUCACGGCCAGCAACUCUGACCAACCAGGUAUGUGGAAACUUUCCAUUCCUCUCCAUGCUCUAGUCUCUGGGCUCCUGAGUGGCGCAGCGGUCUAAGGUACUGCAUCUCAGUGCUUGAGGCGUCACUACAAACCCCCUGGUUCGAUUCCAGGCUGUAUCACAACCGGCUGUGAUUGGGAAUCCCAUAGGGCAGCGCACAAUUCGUCCAGGUUUGGCCGGUGUAGGCCGUCAUUGUAAAUAAGAAUUUGUUCUUAACUGACUUGCCUAGUUAAAUAAAAUUGUGUGUUAUCUUGUGUCAUUACAUGCUUUGUGUGCAUGUGCAUAUGUGCACUGUAUUUGUCUUUGGAAUAAGUGUUUGCCAAGUCUGGGAAAUGCUUUAACCAAUUAAAUGACUAAUUAACAGGUAUUAGUGUGUGACAAGUGCCAUGCAUUUCAACCAGUUUUGCUCACUGGGAUAAAGUAGUGAAACCACAUCCAUUUGAGUUUUUUUCAUAGAAUAAUUCCAAGUUGCUCUGUGGUAGUAACCUAUAGGGGACAGACGAUAAUAUCUAAUGACUAAUGUAUAGAUUAAUAUAGUCAGAAUAGACUACAUGUAUGGUAAGCAUGUGUUACCAACCAAGGCAAAAAAGAAAGCUUAAAAUCUAAAGCAAUGUGUUGUAAAAUGUAAAUUUGCACUAAUUUCUGUUGGAUCUUGAUAUUGUUUUAAAUCACACUGUCUGGCCUCACAUCAGGGGAGUGCCAAUUAGGAGGUAUUUAGUUUUUUAUUAGGAUCCCCAUUAGCUGUUGCCAAGGCAGCAUCUACUCUUCCUGGGGUCCAAACUGCAGGUAAGAGGGUUUCAGAAAAUGCAUCCCAAAUUUGUAUUUUUUUUAUUAUUAUUUUUUAUUUCACCUUUAUUUAACCAGGUAAGCCAGUUGAGAACAAGUUCUCAUUUACAACUGCGACCUGGCCAAGAUAAAGCAAAGCAGUGCGAUAAAAACAACAACACAGAGUUACAUAUGGGGUAAAACAAAACAUAAGGUCAUAAAAUACAACAGAAAAUAUAUAUACAGUGUGUGCAAAUGUAGCAAGUUAUGGAGGUAAGGCAAUAAAUAGGCUAUAGUGCAAAAUAAUUACAAUUAGUAUUAACACUGGAAUGCUAGAUGUGCAAGAGAUUAUGUGCAAAUAGAGAUACUGGGGUGCAAAAGAGCAAAAUAAAUAACAAUAUAGAGAUGAGGUAGUUGGGUGGGCUAAUUUCAGAUGGGCUGUGUACAUGUGCAGUGAUCGGUAAGGUGCUCUGACAACUGAUGCUUAAAGUUAGUGAGGGAGAUAAGAGUCUCCAGCUUCAGAGAUUUUUGCAAUUCGUUCCAGUCAUUGGCAGCAGAGAACUGGAAGGAAUGGCGGCCAAAGGAGGUGUUGGCUUUGGGAAUGACCAGUGAGAUAUACCUGCUGGAGCGCAGACUACGGGUGGGUGCUGCUAUGGUGACCAAUGAGCUAAGAUAAGGCGGGGAUUUGCCUAGCAGUGAUUUAUAGAUGGCCUGGAGCCAGUGGGUUUGACGACGAACAUGUAGUGAGGACCAGCCAACAAGAGCGUACAGGUCACAGUGGUGGGUAGUGUAUGGGGCUUUGGAGACAAAACGGAUGGCACUGUGAUAGACUACAUCCAAUUUGCUGAGUAGAGUGUUGGAGGCUAUUUUGUAAAUGACAUCGCCGAAGUCAAGGAUCGGUAGGAUAGUCAGUUUUACGAGGGCAUGUUUGGCAGCAUGAGUGAAGGAGGCUUUGUUGCGAAAUAGGAAGCCGAUUCUAGAUUUAACUUUGGAUUGGAGAUUCUUAAUGUGAGUCUGGAAGGAGAAUUUACAGUCUAACCAGACACCUAGGUAUUUGUAGUUGUCCACAUACUCACAUAGGUCAGACCCGUCGAGAGUGGUGAUUCUAGUCGGGUCCCAAAUGGAACCCUAUUCCCUAUAUAGUGCACUACUUUUGACCAGGGCCCAUAUGACCCAGUUCAAAAGUAGUGCACUAUAUAGGGGAUAGGGUACCAUUUGGAACACAACCAGAAACUCACUGCUCAGCCCUCUUCAGAGAUUAGGUUGAAGUUCUGUAACGAUCCAGAGCCAGCGAUACUACUCGUUAGUAUUCUGUGUCUUUGUCCCAAAUGGCACCCUAUUCCCUGUAUAGUGCACUACUUAUGACAAGAGCUCUAUGUAGUGCACUAUAUAGGGAAUAGGGUGCCAUGUCACACUGUUAGUUGGAGUCACAGACUGUCUAGCUGGAUGUUUGGGGUGCUUCUCUUCUCUCUGAUGGUCGCUGCCAUCGUGCCAUAUUAGUACAAGCCUCUGUUUCGACCAAGGCUAUGUCCCAAAUGGCACCACUUAUGACCUGGGACCUAUGGGCCUUAGUGUAUCAUUUGGGAUGCAACCCCACUCUCUGUCGGGGGGAUGCUGUUGUUUCUCCUGGCUGGGUUUCUGGCAAACAGAGAGGCUGAAGUCAGAUUCAGUUUAAACAGAAAGAGUUGAAAAACGAAAUCAUUAAAAUUGCUAGCUUCAGCUGUUUACAUAAGAGGCUGUCUUUUAUGUAAUGUCUUGAAACGAACGAACACAGCAUGCUGGAUUAUCAGUGUAAUUGUGAGCUCUGCGAAUCGGCUCUUCAGAGUAGUUCUGUAUUAAAGGUUUGAGUCUGAAUGGCUAAAAUUGUGAAAUUCUGGGAAUGGUCAAACAGGGAUGUUCCUUUAAUGUUUUUGAGUCUAGAUUCAGUUAAAAGUAAACACAUUGAUUCAAAGCACCAGUAUUUGUCAAUAUCUCUUCAAUGUGUAUCCUUCCAUCUCUUAUCUGUGAAUGAAUGGAGGGGGGGGGGUACAUUUUACAUUAGUUAGUUUACAUUGUAUUUUUUUGUCCCACCCUUCAGCUACCCUCAACCCCUCCCAUCUAUCUCUGAAAACCAUCCAGUUUUGAUUUCUACUAGCCAUAUAUUUUUCAACUGUGCUGUGAUGUUUCACAAAAGUUCUGAACCUUUCUAUUCUCAUAGUUUCUACUGAUUGUAAAUUAAAGAUUAACAUUUUUACUAAGAGUAUUAUUGAUCGAUUGACUAUGGCUUUUCAAGUCACCCAGCAGUGCUAUUUGCAGAGUUAGUUUUCGGUAAAUGUGAUUUUUCAGCCAUUCCUGAACCUGUGACCAGAAACAAGCUACAUAUGGGCAGUACCAAAACAAGUGAUCUAAUGAUUCUCUCUUCCCAGCAAAAUCUGCAGAGCUGGAAUGGUUGUAUCCCCCAUAUACAUAACAUUCUAUUAAUCGCAAGAAUGUUGUAUAACAAUUUAAAUUGAAAAACUACGUUUUGAAUCAGGCGUUGUUUUGUGUAUCAGUUCAUAAACCAUGUGCCAUGGAAUGGGCACAUCGGAAAUCUCUUCCCAACUAUUUAGCAACCUGUAUGGCAGAUUUUUCAAAUUUUUUGUCGUUAAAUGGAACUGGUAUACUUUCUUGUUUGUUAUUUUUUACCAAUUUUGGGGACAAGAGUUUGACAACUGGGCUCUGUAACAUUGACAGAGGGCCACAUGGACGCACACACACGUACGCACACAAACUGGUACGCAGGCAUGUACACACAGAAAGAGAGAGAGAUAAAGAUACAGAAAACACCACUGGCCAGUAGCUCAGUCCUGCUCCUGCUACUCAGCUGCUGCUGUGUGAAAAAGAACUCUCCCUCCCCCAGGGAUCAAACUCUUACACAACACACCAAAAUAAAGAUGUUAAGGAAUGUGUCACCAAAAGUUGCAAUAUUGUUAACGCUCCCGGACUAACUGUCAGAUGUUGUGUCUCUCUCUCUUUCCCUCUCCCUCCCUCCUUCCCUCCCUCCCGCCCUCUCUCUUUCUUGAUCUCAGAACAAAUCGCAGUGCCUCCUAGCACGGCAGAUAAAACCUUGGCUUCUCCAAAUGCUUUCGUCCCCAUCAUCUCCAACUCCUCCUCCCUGGCAGCUUUAACAGCCAUGGCCGUCCUCAGUCCCUGUAAUCCCGUCCUGUGUGAUCCCACGCCUGCCAGCCCCCCAUCAGCUACACAAGUACAACUACAGGGGCCUGUUAUGAAGAGCAGUGGCAGCAGCAGCACCAAGCCUGGGCUCACGGGCCUCAACCACUGCUACAGCAACUCAGCCCACGCCAGAGUCGGAGGACGAAAAAGCCAAAAAGCUCCUGUACUGUUCGCUUUGCAAAGUGGCCGUCAACUCUCUGUCGCAGCUGGAGGCCCACAACACAGGUGUGAUCCAGCAUCUGUUUCUGUUUGCUCUGUUGUGUGUGCCACCCUCCUCCGCAAGGCUUUCAGCUUGUUCUUGUUCAGUUUUCCCUUAACUUCUGUUAACACCCAUCUCACAACAAUGUCCACAAAUACCUUCACACUGCAAUCCCCUUUGUUUUUCAUGGGAAAUAUGUCAUAUUUUGGUUGUUAUCUGGACUUUUCUUUGGGUUGUUAAAGGUACAACAAAACGUUUCCAAAACAUCCUUCCAGUAUACAACAUGACAACAACGUCACAAAAGAUUUCAUAUUGACCAUAUUGAAAUCCGAUUUGCCCCCUAGCCAUCAUAAUUGUGUUAAAAGCAGAAGGGCUCAAUAUGUCAGAUGUUUGUUAGCUAACAUUGGCACGUACGGCUGUUAUGUAGUUAUAGUGAGGUCAGUGAGACCUAUGAGAAUUUUGGAUGGGAAAACAAAAUCUGUUCUACUUUUAAUCCAAACAAAUGAAAUGGUGUUCUUUGUAUGUUUUAUUUAUGGUAUUUUCCGUGUGCAAUAUACUUCAUUAUGUUUUUCCCUUUCUUCUGUUCCCUGAAGGUUCUAAACACAAAACUAUGCUUGAGGCGAGGAACGGCGCAGGCCCAAUUAAGGCCUAUCCCAGACCGGGCUCCAAGCUCAAAGUCCAGGCCACCACCGUGCUGAAAGGCUCCGGACUGCAGAACAAGACGUUCCAUUGUGAGAUCUGUGACGUCCAUGUCAACUCAGAAAUACAGCUCAAACAGGUACACCAUAGUGUCUCGUGACAGGCCUUUCCAGCCCUUUGGGUUUUUACCUCUCUUUAAUUUUCUUGUGCACAAAUGAAUAAAUACAUCUUAGCUGAUCAGCAGCCAGCGCGCAUGCAAGAUUUGUGAGAUUUAUUGGUGCCGAGAUUAGGUCAAUCACAAUACAGUAUGGUCAGAGGGGGAAUUGGGGAAAACACAUUCUGGGAACUCACUUAUUUAAAAUCCUAGAAUUCACCUUUAAAACAUUUUUUUUAAAAGUGAAAUUGAUUUCACUUUGGGAACUGAAGUAUGCCGUGCUUGUCUUGUUACAGCUUGAAGGGACCUUACAGGCUUUUUAUAAUUGGCUCACCAAAAGGUGUGUCCCAAAUGGCACCCUAUACCCUUUAUAGUGCACUACUUUUGACCAGGUUCCCAUAGGGAUUCACACACAGUAACGUCACUGAUCUUUUUUGUUGUAUUUUGUCAGCACAUCUCCAGCAGAAGGCACAAGGACAGAGUGGCUGGGAAACCGAUGAAGCCCAAAUACAGCCCUUACAACAAACAGCAACGCAGCUCCACAGUCCUGGCCGUAUGUAUCAUAUAUGUUCCUAAUCAAAGCCCCUCAAGAAAAGUUGAUUCGACUUCAGGGAUUAAUCGUUAAUACAUUUAUUGGCAGUUUCGUUAAAACAGCAUUUAGGAAUAUUGAUGCAUGAGUGGGCUUAAAGACAGGCCUUUAUGCUCAUGGAAAAUAAUGGCUUGUUGUUUGUGUAGCUAAUCAAUACGAAUGAUUUCUUUAUGAAUAGAUUUGAUUUCUCAUUUAACUCCUCUCCUCUCCUCUCCUCUCCUCUCCUCUCCUCUCCUCUCCUCUCCUCUCCUCUCCUCUCCUCUCCUCUCCUCUCCUCUCCUCUCCUCUCCUCUUCUUCAGGCCAAGCUGGCUCUUCAGAAGGACCUGGUGAAGCCUAUCUCCCCUGCCGCAUUCCUCUCCAACCCCUUCUGCCCCACCACUGUCCCCUCCAUCGCCCUGCACCCGCGGCCCAACACUUCCAUCUUUCAGACUGCUGGCCUCCCAGGCUCCAUGAGCUCCAUGGGCUCCUUCCUCCGGGCUGCUCCAGGGCCCAUCCGGCCCACCACCGGCUCUAUACUUUUCGCCCCGUAUUAAUUCCUGGGUCGUGACACCAGGGUCGUGUUCAGUAGGCAGAGAAUGGAAGAAAAUGGCAGAAACUGAGUGAAACGGGGAGAUACUAUCUGAGCUCGUCCACUAAUUAAUGCUUGUUUUUAUCUCCCGUUUUCGCUACGGUGUGCCCUAAUGGACACAACCCUGUAUAUCGGUAUGGAGCCAGGGAGCCAGAAGUAACACAAAGGGGAUACUGACAUGAGUUGACAAACAGGUGACCUCUGACCACGUGGAACAGUGAGUGGAUGACGUCCUACUACAGACAGUACCUCCCCGGUGCACUGAACUGAGAGGACUACUACACUGCGAAGCUUGAACGAACAACAGUGUAUUUAUUUGAUUGAACUUGUUUAACUUUGCCUGUCUGCGUGCGUUGCCCUGAAGCAUGAAGUACAGAGGUACAGUGGGCUCGCUAAGACCACUGAGGGUCUAAGUAUUGGAUUCUUGUGUAAUAAUAAAGAGCAUCAAACUGCUUCCUGAAUGACUUGAAUUACCAUAGUCUUCCUAUUUGAUUAAAUUAAUGGACAGCUACAUGUGUAUGACAGUGUUCAUCAUAACAGCCCCCAGACAGAAGGACAGUCAUACCUGAUUCACACUAUAUGGCCAACCUGAACCGCACUGGGCUGGCUUGCAUAUUUUUUUCUCACAUUGUCCUUUCCAGCACGGU